AUGUUCGCCUGCUGCGGGUACACAUCGCCCUUUAGGCGCAAGCGCAAGGCCGGUGUCAGAGGCGUUGAGGUGAACAGGAUGGACGCGCACGGGCACCCCGGCAGUGAUGCUAUUCAGAAGCUCCUGGACAACAACAGGAGAUGGGCGUCGGAAAAGGCGGAGGCUGACCCAGAGUUCUUCCCCAAGUGUGCCAAGGGACAGUCGCCUGAGUACCUGUGGAUUGGUUGCUCUGAUUCCCGUGUUGUGACAAACAUCGUCACUGGUCUGGAACCUGGUGAGAUCUUCACACACCGCAAUGUUGGCAACAUCGUCACUCAUGCUGACCUCAACUGCAUGAGUGUGGUGGAGUAUGCAGUGCACCACCUCAAGGUGAAGCACGUGAUCGUCUGUGGACACUAUGGGUGCGGUGCCUGCAAGGCUGCCCUCAGCCUGCCCUCAGCAUCCGCUGGCCUGGUGAACUCAUGGAUCUCCCACAUCCGGGAUGUGCGCAACCAGUGGGCAGAGGAGCUGAAAUCUCUGGAGGGCGAAGAACAGGCGAGGAGGUUGGUCCAGCUGAACACUGUGCAGCAGACCUUCCACAUGUGCACAAGCCCACCCAUCCAGGCCGCCUGGGCCUCAGGCCAGGAGGUGUACGUGCACGGAAUGAUAUACGACUUGGCGGACGGAGCCCUGCACAACCUUCUGGGGCCCAUCGCCUCCAUGGACGACCUCACCCACCUGGAGCCCGCCGCGGAAUACACUGGCGUGUCUGUGGACAAAGAUCUGGAUGACAAACUGUGGAAGCAGAUAGACAAGGUGUCCACGUUCGAGAGGGCUGCCGUCGCAUGA